AUGACAUCAUCCGAUAUNAGGGAGAGAGAAAGAAGAGACCACCACAACCACAACCACAACACAAAACCCGAGCGCCUCCCCCCUCCACCCCCUCCCCCUUCCUCCACCACCUCCCCCUCCCACGACUUCUCCUUCACCAUCUCCCUCAUCCCCUCACCUCCUUCUCCUCCUCCUCCUCCUCCUCCUCCUCCUCUCUCCGCCGCCACCACCGCAUCCCUCGACUUAUUCCCCGCCGACGACAUCUUCCUCCACGGCCACCUCCUCCCCCUCCAAUACUCCCUCCCCUCCACCCACACCGCCACCACCACUGCCACUACAAUUACAACGGCUACUACAACAAUAACGACGACGACGACGACAACAACCCACAACAACAACGUCGACGCCGUCGACAACAAAGAGAAGCCCUCCAAGCCCAAGUCCCUGUCCUCCUUGUUCGGCCUCGGCAAGCCGAAGAAGCUGGGCGAGGAGGAGGCGGACAAAAGCAAGAAGGACAGGAAACACAAGGUGUUCGACGUGGGCCGGCUGCUGAGGAAGUGCAUGGUGGAGCCCAUACGCGUGUUCAUGUCCGGGGACAAGGACCGGAGGCGCGACCUGCGCCGCGGGCAGCGCCCGCACUCCUUCUCCGGGCACCUGAACCCGAGGGACAAGGAGCACUCGUGGCGCAAGAAGAGGCGCCCCGGCGGCCAGCUCUCGGCGCCCGCGUCGAUGCGGACGUCGCCCACCAACAGCGGCCACCUCUCAGCCACGUCGCUGAACAUGUCGUCGUCCGACGAGAGCACCAUGGAGGAGCUCCAGAGCGCCAUCCAGGCCGCCAUCGCCCACUGUAAGAACUCCAUCGCCGCCGCAAAAAAAGCAUGAGAAAUUAAAAAUAAAAAAAAUAUACAUAUAUUUAUUUAUAUUUAUACAUAUAUGCAGGUGUUUUGGAUUGACGUAAUUACAGCUCGGUCGUAAAUCGAAUAUAUAUUGUUCUCGUAUUCUAAAUGUAUACUUAAUUUUUUUUUUUUUGAAGAUAUUUUCGUUCCAAAUUUUGGUACUUCGAUUUACGACCGAAUUGCAGCUGCGGCAAUUCAAAUGCCAAUUACGGUGAUGAGGAGAUCGGAGUUUACUGGGGAUUUGUUUUGGUGUGUAGAAAUUCGGGAGAUUUAUAUCAUGUGGUAUAAUUGUUAACAAUUAAGUGUGAAUUAAUUAAACGGUGUGCAGAAUGAGUUUUGUAUUUCCAAGUUUCAUUUACGUUUUGCAGAGACAUAUAUACUUUAUUUUUUCUCGGAGUUUCAUAGUUAAUGGAAACUGUGAAGAACAUCAACUCAAAAAAGCAAAAAAAAAAAGGCUAUGAAAAAUAUGUUGUAACUUCAAUUAAGUUU